AUGGUUCGGGGGCAGGAGAGUGCAGAAGGCGAUAUUGAGGGCAAGAGAGAGAAGAGGAUGUCCGAUUCUGGCAAUUUGACUCACAGUAACGAUCUCGCAGCCACAUCCUCGCCCACGUCGUUGCCAGCGGCUGGUGAUGGCGUGGCCGAUAAAGUCGCUGACGCAAUGGAAAAAGUCUCAAUUCAGGACGAACAACAGACACACGAAUCCCUCUCCGGCGGCCUCCCCCAACCCAUUCGCCCUUUCAUCACAUACAGUCGUGCUCAAUGCCUUGCUUUGCACAAGUCUCCCCUGGUCAGGCUACCUGACGGCAUGCCACCGCUAAAGGACUGGUUCGGGGACUGGAAUGAGCAGGUAUCCAGCAAAAAGGAACCAGAACCUUCCACGGCACCUAGCACCGCUAGGGAUAGGCGCUUUCGUCGUGAUCAGGAAGAUGGAGAGCCUCUCCCUCGCGCGACUUUUCGCUCAGGUCUUUCUCAGCCUUCUCAGAUGGGCAAUUUCAAGCAUCAAUCCAUCCGGACUACAGAUCGAGACCGAGACCGAGAUGGAGACAAAGACAGAGAACGGGACAGAGACAAAGAAGGGCACGAGAGGUUGCGAAGUCUUUCGGACAAGUACGAUCGCGACCGGCUUGGUCUUCCUGCUACCGCUGCCAAUCUACGAACGCGAGAAAGAGACUCUGCCCCUCAUUUAACCCCGGGUACAAGCAAGUUAGCUGCCCAAAGCCCUCUUGGGCCAGGUGCGGCACGUAGGGCUGAUGGGCGAGAAGCACCGAGGCGGAAGCUCGAAACGAGUGAAGAUUGGCGAAGAGGUCGCGACGAUCGGGCAGACGGGCUGCGCAGAGAUCGUGACGACCGUGAUCGACCACGUUCCCGUGUUCGUGACUCUUCGAGAAACCGUCGUGACCCAUCUCCACUUCGACGAGAGCGUGAUCGCGAAGACCGAGACCGUUACCGAGGCCGAGACAACGAUGAUCAUCCACGACGCAAAGAGACCAAAGAUGAUCCUCCUCGACGCGACAGAGAUCACGAUCGUGAGACCACUGAUGAUACUAGGCGUUGGAGGGAUGAUGGGAAGCGAGAAGAGAGAUUGGCCAGGCGCGAGAGGGACAAGGACAAGGACAAGGGAAAUGGUGCAGGAGGCGAAGCAGCUUGGGAUCACGAUAGGCCGCGCGACCGUGACCGCUGGAACAUUGUUGACGACCGGGAAGGUCGCUCAAAGCGACAAGGUGGUCGGGAACGACGUGCUGCUAGCCGAGAAGACCGAGACAAGGACGAGCGCAGAGACAAGGAGAAGGAGCGAGAGAAGGAGAAGGAGCCUGCUUGGAUGGACACCUAUAUUCCCGCCAGCAAUUCGUCUGGCGGGAUUUUAGGAGGCAAGUUGGCGGACGGAGAGCUUGACAGCAUUCAGACCUGGAAAAAAGGAAUGAAGGAGAAAGAGCAGAAGGAGAAAUUGAGCGAGGUUGGCAAAGGGCAAGCAGAGGGCGAUUCGAUUGAGCCUGGAAAGUCCGAGACCACGGCCACGACGGCUCCCCAGAUGGACGAAAUCCAGCUGUUCAAGAUGCUGAUGAGGCGUGAGGAUGAUAAGAAGAAGUUGGACGCUGGCUCAGAGGGCUUUGCAGACACUCCCGCGGCAUCCUCCCCCGCUCCGGAUCCUCUUUUUGUGGCACUUGCUAAGGCAAAGGAGCAACCUGGGCGUUCAGGAGCUUCCACCGCUAAAGACGCUUUUGAACGUGAUGCUGUUUCCACUGCUACACACGGUCAAUCUCACGCUUCAACCCUACCUCAACCCUCAAACAGUCCCGCACCGCAUUUCUCUCCCGAAUCGCCUUCCGACGGCCGUCGAACAUUGCUUUCCAUCGUCACCCCUUCUACGGCAGACCACGCCCUUCCUGGUGCACCCAAGCCAUCGACGCCCUUGGAGUCACCACAGGUCGUCGGUUCUCGUUUCUUCCCUAACCCUUCCCCGUCCGAAGGCUCAUCGGUCCAUAACCAGCUUAUGGAGAAAACUGCGAGCGGUCUGAUCAAGUCUCCUAUUCCUGCGCAGUUCAAUCCUCCUCCGGGUUCUCGUCUUCUUUCCUUUGGUUCCCGUACGCCUUCGGUCACGAGUUCGGCUAAGGGUCUUGCCUCUGUGAAUCAUCCACCUGGCCUUUCGCAGCCUCCUCAGCAACAGCCGGGCAUGCACUCGUUAACCUCGAGCCCAUUCUUGUCUGACGUCUCCCGUAUGGGAUCUGAACAUGAUACGCUUAACGGUUCGAUGAGAGGUCCUACCAUUGAUAUAUCCCGUUCUCAGCGUGGCUUCUCUCCAUUUGACCACCAAGCGAGGUCUUCAUUCUCACUAGAAGACCAAGAAGCAUAUGCGCACGCGGAGGCAUUAAGGCGGCAGUCGGUGGUUUCUAUGGGCGAGCGCUCACAGUUCGGUAUCCCGCCUGAGUCUGCAUCUCCGUAUUCCGACUUGAGCGGGGUCAAUCCUAUGACGGGUCAAGGUCUUCGCCUAGCUAAUCACAGUCCAUCGUUUGAUGGCCCGCUCUCUUCCAAUGGUCCCGGCGGAUCUCAAUAUCCUCAAUCAAAGGGUAGUCGGUUCGCCAAAUUCUUCGAUGGCAAGACACGGGACGCGCAAGCGUCAGGUAUGGUAAAGGGACAAACCAUCAUAGGGCAUUCAUCCCCGUCGCCUCUGGCAGUUCGGCGGCACGAAACAGGAAGCACAAACGAUAUUUUCAAUGUCGCUAACGGCGAUGGCAGGACUAUGGAAGACAUCUUUGCGAUGUUGCAGAGCUCUACACAGGGUCAACGACUGAAUACCGUCAACACUCUCAACCAGCUGUCGUCUGUCAAUAACGGCUCAUACGGGCAGGCGCCAUCGAACAUGCAUACAGUGCAUCAUCCACAGCAGAAUUUCACUCCCGCUCGUAACCUUGAUGUCCUCUACGAUAACCGCCUCGACGAUCGCAAUUUUGUCCCAGAUGGUAUGGUCCCUGGUUUACGCUCAAUCCCUCCACCGAGAAGAGAGAACCUUUUCCAUGAUCAAAUCGAUGAUUCUAUGGCAUUCAGCGUUCACGCGCGUCUGCAGCCGCAGCGCAACAUGGAUCAGAUGUAUCCGAGCCCUAGCCAGAUGCAGUCCUUGUACUUACACCAGGGAAGCAAUCAACGCAAUAAUGGUCUACCUCCUCAACAACCUUUCCGCAACGGAACUUCGCCGAUCCCCGUUCAGAACCCACAGCUGCAAGUCAUUCCUCAGCAACGAUUACCACCUGGUUUGGCGAAUCUCGGUGGGCGUCCACCUCACGAGCCUUCACAGUUCUUGGGCUCGCCCAUGGGAAUGUCGUCGGGCGGUAUUCCUGGCAAUGGUCCCACCCCACCCUUCAACAACUUCUCCGGAAACGCCGGCUAUUCUGCUGGACCGCAGAUGCGUGGACCUCCGCCAGGCCCUCAUCAACUGCAGAACCCGCUUGGCCACAACCCCAUGGUGGGACUCGGACACCCGAACAAAAUGGACCUUCGUGGUGGGCCGGCACAGGCUCAACUACUUGGAAUGGGUGGUGUCGCUGGCGGUGGUCUUCGUGGUCCUGGGAGUGGAUUUGGGCCUCAGCAGGGCCCCAAUGUUCAGCUGCAAGCCCAGCACCAAGCUCAGCAGUUGACAAUGCGACAGCAGCAACAGCAGCUCCCGCCGCACAUGAUGCCUCACCUCCUACCCCCGCACCUUCAGCAGCAAGGUCCGCCUGGUGCGACCAGCCAGCCUGCUCAUGACAUCAUGGCUCUGCUGAUGGGUGGCCCUCCGCGUAAUUGA